GUUUUGUUGUUUCGUGUUUCUAUGUCUGAUGUGUUGACGGCUCUAAAGCAUUAAAAAAUCAGAAAUGGGACGUUUUCACGGUACAUUCCGUAAGGGUGAGGGUGGUAUAGCUACGAACUAUAUAAGUAGAAAGCAAGCUUUAAAGAAGCUCCAGUUAUCUUUGAAAGAUUUCAGGAGAUUAUGCAUUUUGAAAGGUAUCUAUCCUGUUGAGCCUCCACGCAAAAAGAAAGCUAACAAGAAUAAUUCCACAAAUAAAACAUAUUACUACACAAAAGAUAUCAAAUUUUUAGCUCAUGAACCUUUAAUUGAUAAGUUUAGGUCAUUCAAAGUAUUCAUAAAUCGUCUUAAAAAAGCCAUUGGGAAGAAAGAUCAAGAUGCUAGUGACCGUCUGAGAAGCAAUCAACCAACUUUUAAGCUAGACCACAUUGUGAAGGAAAGGUAUCCAACCUUCAUUGAUGCUGUAAGAGAUCUAGAUGAUGCAAUUUCUAUGUGUUUUCUCUUUAGUACAUUCCCUAAAAAUAGAGCUGUGAAAUCAGAAAUCAUUCAUUUGUGCCGAAGACUUACAGUUGAAUUUUUGCAUUAUAUCAUGCAAACAAAGUCUUUGCGUAAAGUUUUCAUUUCCGUAAAGGGAAUUUAUUAUCAAGCAGAAAUAAUGGGACAGCUUGUUACCUGGAUGAUUCCUCAUAAUUUAGGAUUUUCUCGACCAACAGAUGUUGAUUUUAAAAUCAUGGUUACAUUUGCACAAUUUUAUAGUACUAUGCUGGGGUUUGUAAAUUAUAAAUUGUAUCAUUCUAUAAAUUUGAUUUAUCCUCCAAAGCUUGCGAUUGAAAACCCUUCUGGUGAAGAUAUGCUUGAAGGAGAAGAGGAUGCUGUUGAGUUUGUUGCUGCACUUAACUUAUCCUUGAAAAAUUCAGUAGAAGAGUGUUCGGAAGAGGAUGCUCAGUUGGAUGAGUUUGAAGAAAGUGAAGACAAUGAUCAGUUGAAAGAGCAGAAAGCAUAUCAAGAGAACAUUAAGAAGUUACAAAAUCUCUUUUCUGGAUGUAAAAUUUUCUUGAAUCGUGAAGUACCUAGAGAGAGUCUUGUAUUUAUUAUUAGAUGUUUUGGUGGAGAAGUUUCCUUUGAUAAAACUGUCUUCGUUGGAGCUACUUUUGAUGAAUCUGAUGAGGCGAUUACUCACCAAAUAGUAGAUCGACCUUCGUUAACAAAACAAUACAUCAACAGAUACUAUGUUCAACCCCAGUGGAUAUUUGACAGUGUAAAUGCAAAAAUGUUGUUACCUGUUGAACUUUAUUUUCCUGGUGAAAUUCUGCCACCCCAUUUAUCACCAUUUGUGGAAGAAAAAGAAGGAGACUAUGUCCCUCCAGAAAAAAAAGCUUUGUUGGACUUUCAGAAAGGAAUAACUACUGGUUUACGAAGAACAGAAGAAAGUGAAGAUGAUGAAAAUGAUACUUCGGACAUUGAGGAAACUAAUUUUAAAGAUAGUACAAUUGUUGAAAAUAAUACAGAGCAAAAUGAUGUUGCUGCUGAUAAGAAAAAAAGAAAAACAAUAGAAGAUAGCACUGAAAAAAAGCGUGCAAAAAUGGAAGUUAAGGAAGGAGAGUUUGAAAGAGACAAUGCUGCCAAAAUUGCACAGAAAGAAGCUGCCGAGGAAAAACGUCUGGCAAUUAUGAUGAUGCCAAAGAAACACAAACAUCUGUAUGAUAAAAUUAUAUUUGGACAAAAACGGAAAAACAGAGAGGCUUUGAAAUUAAAAGAAAAGCGUGAAGAAAUUGAAAAGAAACAGAGGAAAAAGAAACGGAAACAAAUUGUUGCCAACUAAAUAUUUUAUACUAAAAUGUGUUAGUUUUAAUGCAGUGAAAUAUAUUGUAUGUUAGUAGGCUUAUCUAAAACAGUGAAACCUCUCCAAAGCAAUCUUCUUGUUUCAGUAAAUAUCAGUCAAGUGGUUGCUUGCAAAUGGUUGGUAUUGUGAUUUAACCUGUGUAUAAGUGUGUUGAAAACAGAA